AUUCAUUACUACUAAAUGGUUGGUUGGACCGGGAGGAUGAACCUCUUCUGUUAUCCCCUCCACAAACCCGACUCUUUGUCACGGGUCACAGGCAAGUUUUAACGACUACCACCCAGUUUUUCCCCAUGGGGGUCUCGCGGGGUAAACACCGCCGAUCCUCGACAGUUCCACAAAGCUUUUCAAACAUGAGGUUUCCAUUCGAUGGAGUGCAGUUCAAGCUUAUUGUAGGGUGGGACGUCAUGUCGGUCUAGAUAAAGCUUGCCUCCCCGCCGGGUCCCCAAGAUGAACUCUUCUGCCGGGUCCUCUUUCUCUCUUACACAACUCUCAGGUUGUUCAGAUAUCCGUCCCGCGUGUUGCGCUUCGGCUUCGCCAUACUGAAUAACUCACUCUGUUGGUAUAAUCAGCCUUUUGACUUCUGAAGCCCAAUAUGGGCUUCUUCAGCACCCACGCGUCCGGGACGCUAGAUCCCCCAGAGGUGCGGAACUGGCGCAUUCACUUAAUCGCCUUGGUUGCCAGCAUGUCGGCUUUGGCUAUGGGAUAUGAUACUGCUGUCAUCGGAGGAACCAUGGCACUGGACUCGUUCCGACGCGAUUUCCACCUCGACGAAGUUAGCACAUCAACCCGUGAUACGAUUCAGGGCAACAUCGUCUCAACAUUUCAAGCUGGUUGCUUUUUUGGCGCUCUCUUGACAUUCCCCAUCGCCGAGAAAUUCGGUCGCAGGAAAACCGUCAUGCUCGCCGGAACCGUGUUUCUCAUCGGUGGCACCCUUAUGACAGCAGCCAGCGGAAAUCUAAACCUGAUAUACGCAGGCCGUGCCAUUGCUGGUUUGGGCAUCGGCGGAUCAUCAUUGACAGUCCCCGUUUACAUCGCAGAGACAGCCCCGCCUUCGAUUCGUGGUCGACUAGUCGGCAUCUUCGAAAUAGCCUCCCAGGGAGGCGGCAUGCUGGGCUUCUGGAUCAAUUAUGCUACUGACAGGACGAUCGAUGUCAACUCAAGAGCCCAGUGGAUCGUACCUCUCGGAAUUCAGCUAGUGCCAGGCCUGGGACUUGCGCUAGGCAUGAUCUGGUGCCCAGAAUCUCCUCGUUGGCUUGCUCGUGGGGACCAUUUUGACUCUGCAGAGAGAAUUUUGACACAGAUUCGUGGCCUGCCGGCCGAUCACGAGUACAUUCGUCGUGAGAUGAACGACAUCCGCACCCAGGUCGAGCAGCGUACGUCUCAACGCAUGACGAAGAAGCAAAUGUUCCAAAAGCUCUUCCAAAAGGGCAUUCGCAACCGUAUGGGCUUGGGCAUGGCGCUCAUGUUCCUUCAGAGUUUCACUGGUGUCAAUAUCAUUACUUACUACGCGCCUCGGAUUUUUGAGAGUCUUGGGAUUACUGGAACAUCAACGAAGCUCUUCUCUACUGGUUUCUACGGCAUCGCAAAGACUUUUGGAAUGUUCCUCUUCACCUUCUGGGUUGCUGAGAGAGUCGGUCGACGAAAGGGUUUGUUAUGGGGAUCUGCACUCGGGUGCAUUCCGAUGUGGUAUAUUGGGGGCUAUGUCAUGAAAGCAGACCCCGCUGCAGCUGCCGCAGCAGGCGAGGUCACCCGGGAUGGCUGGGGCUAUCUCGCCAUGGCUUGUGUAUACAUUAAUGGAGUCAUCAUCUGCGCAACGUGGCAAGGGAUCACUUGGCUUUACGCUUCUGAAGUGCAGACGCUGGAAAUCAGAAUGCUGGCAGUCUCUAUCACAACCGCCACAACCUGGCUCGGAAGUUUUAUCAUCGCUCGCUCAACACCCUAUAUGAUCUCUGACUUGGGCUAUGGCGCAUACUUCUUCUUCAGCAGCAUCUUGAUGCUCAUGGGAAUCUGGGCAUUCUUUUUUGUGCCAGAAACCAAGGGCCUGACCCUUGAGGACAUGGACGCUCUAUUCAUGCAACCUACCCACAAGACAGUGUGGGCGCAAAUGAGAGGUAGGGCUGUGGUAGCCCCUGGUCGUGCCAGGUCUCCUUCAAUCACCGAAGAGAAAUUCGAGGCAAAUAUCGAGGCUGCUCAGAUUGAGGAGCGUUCCAAGUCAUGAGACUAGUGAUAGCCUUGAGCCGGCCUGACAGCUGGAGAUGAGGCAUUCGGUACGAUUCUGUUCUAGAUAUCUCGAAUUUUGUAAGUAGUUGUGAUGAGCAUGACUUAUUUCGGAAAGGGGUCUUAGGAACUGGAAGGGGCGGGGGUGGGGAGAAGCCGGUGGAUACGUGACCAGACUCAUUUCUGGAGUUCAUGACACGUUGUAUCAUGGUAACAAAGACUAUUCGCGCCAUAUGCGACCUUCAGUUCUCACAUCAGUGCUUGAUGGUUCACUUCUUCCUCACUUGGCAGUGAGGCUGGUCUCUUUCUCAACAUGGUAGACCACUAUUAUUUUUGCUCCA